GGGGGACACCGUGUGACAGGAGCUGAGUACUUCGGUCUUUUUUCCACUAACAUUUGUGUCCCACUGAAACCUGUCCGGCGGAAGUUGUUAUCACGGCCUGACAAAAGAAAUGGCGAGCGGUAUCGGCAAACACAAGAUCCAGAAUGUGGGACCAACAGAGCCCUGGUCCGUCAGGGAGAAACUGUGCCUGGCCUCCUCUGUUAUGAGGAGUGGCGACCAAAACUGGGUGUCUGUGAGUAGAGCCAUCAAGCCCUUCUCGGAGCCCGGCCGUCCAGCGGACUGGUUCUCACAGAAGCACUGUGCCUCACAAUACUCCGAGCUGCUGGAGGCCACAGAAGCACCCAAGCGUAAGCGGGGUGAGAAAGGUGAGGUGGUCGAAACCAUUGAAGACGUCAUUGUGCGUAGGCUGACCACAGAGAGGAUAGAGGAACUCAAAAAACUACUGCGAGACACACAGGAGCAGUACAGGAAGUUGAAGAAAGAGGUGGAUCUGAUACAGACGGGUCACAUGGACUCCCAGCUGAAGGAGCUGUGGACGGAGAUCACACUAAAGAAGAAGCAGGCCGAGGAGGAAGCCGAACAGAAGAGGAAAGCCACAGAAACCGCGUUCCACGCUCGCCAGGCCAUGAAAAACACACCCAAGCGUCACCCCAGUGUAACCGUACGUUCUCCGCUGGGUGCCAGCCCCCCCAGCGUGGACCCUCCGGCGGAGUCCUUGGUCGCCGCGACGCCCAUGGAUACUGGAGGUGCUGCCUCCGAUGACACCCCCACCACCACCACUACCUCCACCACCAUGACUACACCCACCACCCACUCGGUUGCCCAGGGGAUCGCAGUCUUCCUGCCAGCGCUGGAUGCUCCAGGCCCUGGGCCCAAAGAUGGAGGCCCAGCCCCUCAAAUAGAUGAUUCGCCACAGAAGAGGCUCUUAACCCAGAAGUCCACGCCGCCGCCCUCCCCUCUCCUGUCGGAACUGCUGAAGAAGGGCAACCUCAUCUCGGCCAGCCCCCGCCUGGUCGGGGAGGGAGACACUGUUGGAAGCCUCACCAAUGGAGUUCAGACAGCCACUGCAGCCACUGCCUUACCACUGGGCCACGCAGUCAUCUGCGAGAGUGAAGCUGCAGUGAAGGCAGAGCUCAGUGAGGAGGCGGGGUUAGUAGAAGAGGACCUUGUGGCAGUGUCCUACAUGGGAGAUGAGUUGGACCUGGCGACAGUGGGGGACAUCAUUGCCAUCAUAGAGGAGAAGGUCGACGACUCUGUUGAGGCCUUGGAUGCAGCGGCGGUGGAAGCAGCUCUCUCCCUGUGCGAAGAGGCCGUCUCAGAAGGACACACCCUCCCCGGCCCCUGGGAGACCCAGGAGCUGAAGGCUUCGGACCCAGAACCCGCGCUGCAAGACUCCGACCACAGUCAGGAGCCUCAGGAUGAGGUCGCCGUGUCCGCCCUGAUCCCUGCAGCCGUAGAGACCCAGCAGCAAGCGGAAACCAAAGGAGAACAUCUCAAGGGAAACUGUGAUGGACCUGAAGUAACAGGAAGCGAUGUCACCUCUCCGGUCGCGUCGGACGAUGGUGCAACAGGAAGUGAGGUCACGGAGGAGGGGCCGGCAGGGAAGGAGGCCGCUGAGGCGACGGUUAAGAUUGAGGGGGAGGAGUGGAGCCAGCCGGAGCCCAACCCGCCGUGCCUCGACUCUGAGGACAGCUCUGUGUCCGGGAAAGAGUCCAAGGAGGUGAAGGAGGAGGAGGCUGGUAGCGAAGGCUACCCGGAAGAAGGGCUAGAGCUGAAGGAGGAGUGUGGGGAGGGGGAGGGGCCCUAUCUGUCCGAGGUGGAGCGGGCCGCCAGCGAGAGUGAAGACGGCUACGGGCCGCCCUCGCAGCGCUACACAGCGGACUCCUUGGCCAGCAGCCCGGCCUCGUCCUCCCAGCUGUCUACGUGCGGUGAGGACCAGGAGGCCGUGCAGGCCCAGAAGAUCUGGAAGAAAGCCAUCAUGCUGGUGUGGAGAGCUGCAGCCAACCACAGGUAUGCCAGCGUCUUCCUGCAGCCUGUGUCAGAUGACAUUGCGCCUGGUUACCAUAGCAUCGUACACAGACCCAUGGACCUGUCGGCCAUUAAGAAGAACAUCGAGUCCGGCGUGAUCCGCACCACGGCCGAGUUCCAGCGCGACAUCAUGCUGAUGUUCCAGAACGCCGUCAUGUACAACUCGUCGGACCACGACGUGUACCACAUGGCGCUAGAGAUGCAACGCGACGUCCUGGAGCACGUGCAGCAGUUCCUGGCCACCCAGCUCAUCAUGCAGACCUCGGAGAGCGCCAUCUCCGCCAAGAGCCUGCGCGGAAGGGAGGGAAACCGUAAGCCAGGAGAGGCGGCUGAGAAGGACAGUGUCCCAAUGGCCUCUCCUGCUUUCCUUCUCUCUCUCUUUGACGGAGGCACUAGGGGUCGCCGUAGUGCCAUGGAGGCUGACCUCAAAAUGAAGAAAUAAGAGACAUUUCAGAGAGAUGGAGGUGAAUAGUAAAUGGUCACUUUAGUUGGACUGUGCAGUCUUUGUGUGUAUGUGUGUGUGCGCGCCUAUUGAUCUGUACUGUGGCGUGGACGAGUGCGUAUGUGGACGCUCGUGUCAGUCAGCGUGUCUGAGAGCUGCACAGAGCUGCUUCUCCGGCGCUUCAUAUGGUUCACGUGCAGCGCCGGCGGGAACCGACGUCACGUACCAUCUUCAUCCGCGCCGUCAGCGAUCCCUCUGCCCGAGAUGAUGGCGAAGAAGCGUGCGUGAGACAAAGGACAUUUUCACCAGCAAAAGUUUGUUUGGGAUCAAAUGACAACGGCCAGGAGGAAAUCUGCCCGUCAGAUUUGAUCAUGUUGCAUUGAUGCUACUUGAUGGACGAUUCCCCUUUUAAUGAAACGCACCGAUCUGUGCAUCAACAUCUGCUUGCUUCUUCCAGUCAGCCGGUCACUGCAUUUACCGGUGCUUUGGGGUGUUCAUUUCAAAUGCGUAUAUCAUUGAUUGUUUUGGUACGGAAGUGGCCAGUUUUCAUUAAAGUAAAGUUGCAUUUGAAAAUGAAAUACUUUUUAAUUUUCUUUUUUUUAAAUUCCAGAAUACAUGGAAGUCAUUUAAUGCAUUUAGUUAUUAUACACGUAAGGCACAAAUGCUGGAGUUUCCUUGAGUAGUUUUUAUAAAAUUAUGACACGGUUCCUUUAGAAAAUAAUCGGGAGUAUUAAUUAUCUUAACCUCCAACGCCACAGCGCUUUUGUUAUGUUGUAGUGAAAUGAAUGGAAACCAAUAGCUGCCUUUUGGUAGAAAGUCUGAAAACUAAACCCUAUAUUCCAUGUAAAAUAGUUGGGUGUUUCGUCGAGUGUGUUAAUGGGCUGAAACGUAGGAUGUGGAGUUUGUCGUUGCGUCGUGUAGCCAGUGUGUGCUAUGCAGGUAGCAUAAAAACCUGGUUGUAAAUGUGUCAUUGGAGUAUGAAGACAAGUUUUGUACCUGUAGAGUUGUUUGGGUAGCUGAUACAUGUCUCAUGUGCUGUUGUACAUUUGUUGAAUAAAGAUUAUUUGAUCUAAAUCCAAACAA